AUGACCUCUACUAUUGUCCUCAUUACCGGCGCCAACCGCGGCAUCGGCAAAGGUAUCUUGGAACUGUACCUGAAGAAGCCCAACCACUUCGUGAUCGCGGCGAACCGUGACCCAAGUCACCCAACCUCCAAUGCCUUGGCAGAUCUUCCAAAAGCCGAAGGCACUACGUUGGAGAUCAUCAAGAUUGAUGCUCUCUUCCCCACUGACCCAACUGCAGCAGUGAAUGCAUUAACCGCCAAGGGAAUUACCCAUAUCGAUAUCCUAGUCGCCAACGCUGGUAUCGCUCUUUCUUGGCCAAAGGUGUCGGACGUCAAAGUGGAGGAUAUCCAGAAGCACAUUGACGUCAAUGUGUAUGGUUUUGUUCAUCUCUACCAGGCUUUCCGGUCCCUUCUCAAGGAAGCCCAGGCUCCCAAGAACUUUAUCCCCAUGCAAAAUGCUGCAUACGCUCCCACAAAAGCUAUUCAGCACUGGUACACGAAGGCAAUUUCUAUUGAAGAUUCUUGGCUGAACGCCUUUCCGGUGGAUCCGGGCUGGGUUCAGACUGAUCUCGGCAACCGAGGCGCCGAUGCUUUCGGUUUCGAGAAAGCCGCCGUUACCGUGGAAGACAGUGCUGCCGGCGUAGUCAAGGUCAUUGACGCGUCUACGCUGCAAACUCACAGUGGGAAGUUGUUCAAGUUUGAUGGCAAUGAGGAGCCUUGGUAG